GCACACCUUUUAUUUUGUAAAUUCGCUUCCAUGUCAUCUAAACCGAUGCCCCGGUGAUGUCUGACAGCCCGCAGGCGACGGUGGACUUUUCUAAGGCAGUUGAAUUGGCACUCCGCAACCAGCUUCAACCAAAUUUAGUUCCACAAAUGAGAUCAACCUUUGAUGAUGAAUCAGCGCACAUUUGCAGUUCGAUCGCGUCACCGUUGCAAUUUCUCAAUCAAAUGAACGACGGCGUCAGUCUUUCUGGGAAGCCUCUGCGUCCAGCGGCUUUGCCUAACCAACCUACCAACCUUAGCAGACCUGCAAACUCUGAACUCAGCCCCCUGCUCAAUCCCAACCCUUCUUCUUUGGUCUCAUCGUCGCGUCUCGUGAAGCACCCUCUGGCAAUGGGCACUUCAACUGCCUUGCCUUUCACGUCAGUAGGACUCAGUUGCCGUGUGGCGUCACUGGACUACCCAUUUCUAACAAUCAAAUGGCGUCACGUUCAAGUCGUUCCUCCUCGCUCGCAUCCGACAACAGACCCGUUAGUGAGUUCACAGGGACAACUGGCGGUAAAUAGCGUCGCCGCGAUAUCCACUCCGUCGUCACACACCACCUGUUGCUUACCUGCAACGUCUCUUACUGAUUCUAGCCACGUUACGCAUCAGUUAUCUCCUCCUUCUCAGCCACCGGUGGUCUCAGGGACUCGUGUUCUGCAAAACAUCGGCGCUCACUCUGUAUCCUUUUCAAAUGGCAGCUGCAUACCAGCGUGCGAUUCUCUGCAACAACCCAUUUCUAACCCUGUGCACACCCGCCCAUCUCUCGGUAUUAUCACCAUUUCGCGAUUCUCCGCUCAGCCGCCAGAGACCUCUGCUCAUCAACCCAUCACUGUGUCUGCCUCGUCCCGAAACUUGACACAAGUCACGAGCAGCUCACAUGGUUGCCGUGCCAUGUCUAGCGUUAUUCACUAUCGUCCUCAGCAUCCUGUUUCUUCAUCACACAUGUCUUCAGUGGUUGUCACUUCAUCCGCCUCCUUAAACAACAACAAUUUCCGCUGCGCUCACUGCCUUUUCACGGCCUCCAAAGUUGCGCGUGUCUAUCGGCAUAUGGAACAACGUCAUCGUUACGCAAUUGCAAACGGCGCACCGGCAUCUGUGUCAACCAGUUUGUCGUUUGGUGUCUUGCUGAGACGAGUGCACUUUCCUACGCCCACCAGUACAGUGCUCUCCGCGCCUGCUCUGUCCGCUAACCAUACGAUUAUCUCCUCUUCAGUGUCCUUCAUGCCUCCUACGAACGGAACUCCUUGCCAAAUGCCCACAUCCUUGCUUCCUUCGUCUUCUAUUCGCUGUGAUCCCUGUGCCUUUCUUUCGAAACCCCAUGACUCUUUCGUUUCUCCGUCUAACUGUGUAACACCCACCAGUUUCAUAAGUGAUCCCAUCCAAGCGCAUGGCAGAAAUUGUCUACCUGUUAUCUCCAUGGUCCAUUCACUAUCUUCUAUGAGUACAUCCCCGAUGCAUCGAAGCUGCUCUCGUGAGCUUUCAUAUAACGAAAAUGCCACUUCCCUACCGUCUGGAAUAUGGUUUCGAGAACAACCAACUUAUCGCGGAUUAGAGGAAGAUAUACUUGACGCCACAUCUGUGGAAAUGUCCCAUCAAGACGGUUCCACUGUUCCCCCUUUUGCGGCACCCACUUUAUCUACCUAUCUAGAUAAAUCGAACCUUACUUGCAGUGCUGCGUCAGAGAGAUCCAUGCGCUCUGCGCCUAUUCCAAAUGUAUUACCACUUCCUUCGGAUGUUAUUCAUCUGCCAACGGCUGCUACCACCAGCGAUUACCGCACCGCUACUAUUCAUGCGCCGAGAUUCAAUCGGUCUGUCCAGUUAUCACCGCAACAUUCUUAUAGGAACGCCUCUGAAGCGAAAGCGGUAUCAGUCUCUGAAACGCUUAUCAUACUGGAUUCGUCAUCGGAAGAUGAUUCACUUGAAGAUGUCCACCAGCAGGAGCAGAUCGCCUCCAGCCUUGGACCUGUGGUCGCUCAUUCCGCUGCUCGUUUGCCGCGCGCACAACCUAACACACCCACAUUCGCAGUAUCCCAUCCGAGUGUCUCUACGACCACAUUGGUUGACCACACUUCAAUUCCCGGAUCCGUCAUUCUAUCCGGCAGCGCCAGGAAGUCGCACUCUCCAGUUACACAACUUCUUGAUACUACAUUGGCCGUCGACACCAGUUUCCGAGCCUCACCUACUUUCCAGCAUCACUUGACAAAUGCUGAACAAAGCAGUUUGGAACUUACAGAGCCAGCCUUGUCGCUACCUUGCUCCUCUUCGUCAUCUCCCUUGAUUCUUUCCAGUUUGUCAGACGGUGAACAGCACGAGACUUAUACUCUCCCCCUUCCCGACACAAAUUCUCGCUACGUUGCUGCGACUCAUGAGUUGUGCACUGAUGAUGCCAACGGUGAUAAACGCCCGGCAACUUCACAGAUCGCUGCACAUUCAAGCCCGUCACCAGUUGAAAGCGCCUCGCACGAUCAUCAGGUACCUUCUCACACCGACAAGACACGCGACAGUCUGAUCACAUUAUCUCCGCAUGCAUCAUGCAAAUCACCGGGGCCUUCCUGCUCCUCUCUUCCGGUGUCCGUUGUAGCCUCCCCAAGCGUCGACGAGGUAUCGCCUAUUGUCGAAUCAUCCAGACAAUUGAUAUCUAGGAACGCAAAGCCAACAACUUUUCCCGUCACCUUUGCUCAACUGAAUUCGUCGUACCCUCCAGAUGGUGGGGACGAGAUGGCCAACCACCUGGUAUCCGUUGAUACGAACAACUUGGACGAUGAGUCAGCCAGGCAGCACUCAUGUGUUUCACCGCAGCCAUCCUGCUCCUCCUUGUCAUCUCCGCUUACCAUUUCCAGUUUGUCCGAAGAAGAAGAGUCAACGGUUGACGCAAUGAUUAUAGGAUUCAAUCAUGCAAGGCAAUCCGCCAAGAAGAGACUACCGUUUCUCGACUCUUGCUCGGGUGAGUUCACCAGCCCUGCGCGAAUUCAUCUCCUGGAACAUAACUACUCCUGUCCCGCACAGUAUACUCCGAAAACCAUUAUACCGCGUUUGAGGACAAAUUCACUGUUCAACCGGCGAGCAUCUGAUUACCGUGACUCGAAUGUGAAUGAUCUCUCUGAUCCUGUCCUUCAACCGAAGCACUUGGGAGUGGAUGACGUGUCGUUGGAAUCUAACUCACCUCUGGGAUGUUUUCAGGACGAUCGCCUUCCUCUCCUAACCGCUCGUAAACGAUCGGUUUUCCGCCCACCACUACCGAUUCGGGAUUCAAGUAGAACCCUCUGUAUCGACCAUCUUGCUUUCGAUUCGACCUCAUCCCCGAUUGUGUCCAUGGCAGCCCCGAAUGUACCUGUUGUUCCUCGCAAGCAGAAACGUACUAGGCGGAAGAGUCCCCUUCGUCCUCUGCCCACCGGUGCGGCAGAUAGGAUAUAUGAGCCGCGCAGCCCACCUGUAGUUUCUGAGGCCACUACUCUAAGUUGUGGACCGGAGAGCCGUAUAGUCGAUCUUACACACGACUCAGAAGAAGAGUGUGAGAAAACUGUUUUUGCUUCUCCUCCUGUGGUUCCCCAUGGACUUACACGUAUUCCAUCACGAAGGGCUGCACUCCGUUCGAAAAGCACCAUGUCCUCUUCCAAAGAUGCACAGUCCACCGCAGCGCUUGAUUGUUCUCUCAUUGGACCUGCUAAUGAGUCUACGAAUUCCUCCCUGCAGAUGGAAACAAAUAGCAGUCACGGUCCAUUGCGCGCGAGCCCAGAGGAAUCGGACCCAAGUACGCGCAUUAUGGUUGAUGUCUUCACCGGAGAGGUAUUCGUCGACAAUCGACCACUUCGGCAAUUGGUACCCGGCAUCAAGAUGUCCAAAGGGAGCAGAGCAAACUCGAUUCUAUGUGUGACGAAGAGACACCAAAAAUCAACUGCUCCUAGCAAACGCAAACGCCGUCGUCCAUCUAGGCCUUCGCAGUCGGCAGGGUCAACUUUUAAAAGUGCCAAACAUAAGCAGCCUUCUCUCAGUCGGCCACCGAACACUCUGAGACAAACUCGUUCACACCACGUGACUGACCGCAAUCCCUCCAUGUCGUCAUCAGGAACACUUGAUCUCACCGACGCGAUUAACUUAUCUCACCCAACCGUCGCUGCUGUCUCUCCGGUAUCUUGCGCACCUGUUAUGUUGUCCGGAUGAGGAUCCCCCCCCCCUUUUGUCUGCACAGCACAUCGGAUCACCGAGGGCGCUGGGCCCGACCUCAUUCCUCUUUCAUGCCUUUCAGUCGCGAUUACUUUUACCGCAUUUCGUCAAUCGCUUUUUUGAAGAACUUUGAGCAAAAAGAUCUAGUCUUCAUUCUAUGAACUACACAGAUUUUCUACUCAGAGUUGAAUAUCUCAUGCCAGUUCAGUUGUGUUAUUUCUUGUCCUUCGAUUCGGGCUCAAGUGCUGAUCGAUUGAAAUGAUUACUUAGUGGUUUCAGC